GUACAAAUCAGAAUCCCUUCAUUAUAUUACAUCAUCCGCAAAAUUUGUUUAGGAGCAAGGCAAAUCUUCAAUCAUUAACUGUUUUUCUAAUUUACUUUCUCAAAUUUGGUUUGGAUGGGAUUCGAAGUUAUGCUGAAAGGAAUAUUAAAGGUGAAAAAUAGUCUUUCAUCCUAUCUCAAUCCGAAACUGACAGGCCACGGUCGUCUGCGGCAGCGAGUAGCCUAAGGUUUCGGGGCUCGACUCGCUCUUUCUUCAAGCAAAGCGGUUUUGCGAUCGGGGAAGCCCUUAUAAAACUACACUGCAUCAGAUAGGCUAUAACCAGACUGCAUCAGGCACCAUAUUUUGCAGCUGGGGAGUAAAGCCUAUUGUACGAAUGAUGCACCAGCACCUGUUGAACCCUGAAAUGAAGAUGGACAAAGGAAAACAGGAUUGUGUCCUCGGUGAUCCCCAGUUUCCUUGCGUGGCAUCAUCCACCCGCCGUGUUGCUGCAAGGGAAAUGCCUUUCUUUUAUAUUUCCCUCUGAUCAAAUGAAAAUGAAUAAGAGACCAGAGGAGAUAGCAUACGUGACAAUCCAGAGUUUUAUUUUUUAUUUGAUUUUUUUCACCUUUAUUUAACCAGGUACGCCAGUUGAGAAAAAAAUCUCAUUUACAACUGCGACCUGGCCAAGAUAAAGCAAAGCAGGGCGACACAAACAACAACACGGAGUUACACAUGGGAUAAACAAACGUACAGUCAAUAACACAAUAGAAAAGCAAAAAAUAGGCCGUAGUGGCGAAAUAAUUACAAUUUCGCAAAAUAAACACUGGAGUGAGAGAUGUGCAGGAGAUGAAUUGUAUUGCCUGUAGUGGGCCUAGCCCAAGGGACUGGAAGAGAUCAUUAAGUGGUGAUUGCCAUCAAACCUAUUGACUCUUAUAUUGCCUUUUAUUUCAAUAUACUGGACUUGUCUGAUUUAACUAGAAUAUUAUUUUUAAAAAUACAUAGACCAGAAACCCGUGCGUUCUGAUAAUGGAUAACAGUGCCCAGUGCAUCCCAGACUUGUGCCUACACAGUGUUGAUGCUGAUACACCACCUGCCUGUCACGAGAAAGAGCAGGUGGACAAAAUGGCUUUGCUGAUGCAGGACUUCGUUGGAAAUAUACCCGAGAUAACAGAUCCAGACGAGAAUCAAAACUUUGGGUACCAGUGUAUUACGGAGACUAAUAGACCACUUGUUGAAAUGGACAAUGGAGUGAUGGGUCUUGGAUUUUAUAAUGGUAGCCAACCAAGGAAUGGCUCAGGAAAUGCAAAUGAUGAUCAAAAGCAUAUGUCAUUAACACAUUGUAAUACCCCACAGCGCAACAAAGAGCAGCCCUGUUCAAUAGAGCGCGAUGCGGUAGAGGAUAAUUGCCGCGCACAGGCUGACGUGGCGCACAGCCUGGGAUAUUCCCUCUGCUGCCUGGAUGACGAAACGCAAGCACAGAGCACCCCUUUCGUGUGUGAAGUCGGCGGAGGAGCUGUGAAGUAUCACAGUCUGAUUGAUAAAGCGAGUUCCCAGGUGGAGCAUAAGGAGGGGAGCUCUGCGUCUGUCACCUAUUGUAUCGCUGCAGAAGCGCUGACAAUACAUCAGCGCGGACAGACAGGCAGUGCGGGACAGAAUGCUGUGUGCGGAGAAAGCGACCCAGACGCUACACAGGGAAACUCAGCACUGCAGUCGAGGCAGGAAGGAUGUGGAUAUGGAAACGGAGUCUUUGCUUCUAGAGAGGAGACGGAUUUAGUGAUUGAAGUGUCUGGAAAGAAACUUGGAGCGCAUAAAGCCGUUUUGGCAGAGAAAAGUGACUAUUUCAAGGCGCGGCAGUGCCGAGACGUAUUGCGAGUGAAGGGGGUGAGUUUUAAGACUUUGACCAUUUUGGUGGAUUACAUUUACUCAUGCCGAAUGGAGGUUAGUAAGGAUAAUAUUGUAGAGGUCAUCACCGGAGCUAAAAUAUUACAAAUCCCCUGCGCGGUUCAAGCUGCUCUCGAUACAAUGUCGGAGCAGAUUACCGCCGAGAACUGCUAUGAUAUUUUGACAAUAGCCAAAAAGCAACGUCUCAGCGAGUUGAAGGAGAAAGCCUACAAGUACAUGAGUGACAAUUUCUUGCAAAUACUGCGGGAUCCCGGUGUCUAUGGGCGUUUGACCGGAGGGGAGAGAGAACUAAUUAUCACCAGGAGAAUGGAGGGAAAGAGGGCGUUGAUGGUGGCUGAAAUCAACGAGGUGUAUGACGGCGCCGGGAGCAGACCUACAAGUCGUGAGAACAGUCGCCCUCAGAGCCCUCUAUCCAUAGUGUCCCUGAAUGAGAAUCGUGUGAUCUACUAUUACAACAAGGAGACAAAGGACUGGAAAGUGCUGACGAAGAUGCCAGAUGAAAUCAACACAAAGGGCUCUGGGAUAUGCACCAUGUACAAUUACCUAUUCGUGGCAGGUGGAAUCAAAAGGCAGGAGGACAAAGGCAAAGUGUCGGACAAGGUGUUCUGCUACAACCCACUCACUGACAGCUGGAGCGAAAUUCGACCGCUCACCGAGGGUCGGUCUCAGCUCAAACUGGUGGCCAUGGACGGCUACCUGUUUGCAAUCGGAGGGGAAUGUCUCUUUACCGUGGAGAAAUAUGACCCUCGCCUGGAUAGAUGGCGCCCAGUGGCGCCACUACCAAAAGGGGCUUUUGCUAUUGCGCACGAGGCAACAACCUGUAAUGGAGAGAUGUUCGUGUCCGGAGGCUCUCUAUUUUAUCGUCUGCUAAGAUAUGACACUAAAAGAGACGACUGGGAGGAAUGCCCGUUCAACAACAGCAGGAAGAAAUCCACCGACAUGGUGGCAUUCAAAAACUUCAUCUACAGGUUUGAUGUCAACCGUGACUACGGUGUGAACGUGUUCAAAUACAACACCGUGGUAAAGAUAUGGCACAACAGUGCGUCCCUGGAGCAGACCAACCCCUUGCCCUUUCGCUGUGCUGUCAUUGGCAACACCAUUUACUGUGUGAACAAGUCCCAAACAUUGCAGUUUGUUGUGGAAGAGGAGAAUGAACAGUUUUUGCCUGAGGCACUGACACUCAAAUCACCUGUAGAGGCAAAAGGUGCCCUUGUCCCAUUUGUCCUGGCUCUUCCCAAGACAGCCUGAGACAAAUGCACAAUAAUGACCUCUUUGGAGACUCACUAAAAGUGGCCUCAGAAUUGUCAUAUGAGGACAAAAUAUGUUGUGUUUGAUAAAAUACCCACAGUGCACACCACAUCAUUUCAACAUGGAUAAUUGGGUAAUAUUUAGUUGAGAAGUUGAUAAAUGAGAUUACAACCCAUAUUCACCCACUCAAAAAGACAGUCAAAAGUGAGUUGAAUUUCCAACGUGUUAUCACUCACUAUGCUUUCAACCAUCUAAAAGCACAACCAAAUUCCAAUGGAAAAACGAUGUCUGAUUUUUAGUUUGGUUGCCAUCCAAAUGGCUAUCACUGCGUUUCAACCAUUUAAAAGCGCUGCAAAGUUCAAAUGGGAACGCAAUAUCAGAUAUUUUGUUUAUUUAUACAACAGAUUCAUGUAUUAUCACUGUGCUUCAUUCUAACAGCAGAACAAAAGUUGGAUUGCAGUUGAAAUUACAUUAUAAGUACAUGGUGCAAGUGAUCAAUGCCGUUCGAUAUUCUGCACAGAUUAUUAUAGCAAUUGUGAAGAUCUCCGCAGACCUGCAACAACCGACAGUAUGCAUGCUAUCUUGACCAUGCACGGUCUAUAUAAUUAAAUAAGAAUACAUUUAUAGUUACAGUAACCUCAAAUGUGGCCAUGGAUGAGUUACUCAUUUUAAGAUUGAAUGUUACAUUGGUCUGUAAAAUAGCCUUAACUUUAGGCUAUUUACUGUAUUUCAAAAGUAAUAUUGAAUUGUGUUUGGUUGACAACACAACCAAUGAUCAACAUUUAAAGGAUAUUUAUCUACUGCUUGGAUAGUUCCAUCCGAGCCACUGUCAUAAUCCUAUUCUUCCAUUUCAAUUUUGGGUUUAGUUGUCAACGCAACCAAAUAUCAACAUUUGAAGGAGAUGAAUCUUCUGCUUGGUUAGUUCCAUCAGUGCCACUGACUUAGUCUGGCUUUAUCCCAGUUUGUCAACAAAUUAAUAAUUGAUAUGUUGUAUUCACGUCUCCAUCUCAACCAAAAAUCUAUGUUAAAGAGUAGGACUAAAUCAAAUCAAACUUUAAAUGCACUUCAAAUAAAGUUUGAUUAGAUUUAGUCCUAUUCUUUAACUUAGAUUUAUGGUUCCGCCCAGCCUAUAUAUUUUUUUCUGAUAGCAGAUAUUAUACUGAUCAGUUGAUUUGUAUGUUUAUAAUUAGUAGGAUAAUCUGUUUUAACAAACCUUUAUUAUAUUUGUACUUAUGUAUUGUAUAUUGUUUGUUUGUGGUGUGGUUUUCAUAUAAACCCUUGGGCUUCCAACCACACCUGCACACACACACCGGUUUUAAUUUUUUAAUUUGUUUUCAUCUGUAUAUUUGUCUAUUACUUGUUUUCUUUUGUGCAAAUAAAUAAAUAAAAUAAAGUUAUAAUGUUGAAUAUCUGACAUUGCUGAAAGGUACAAAUUGAACACAUUUUAUACAAGGUUUGUCUAUGUUUAAAUUUGGUUACCAUAAUGACAUAAUCCUGUGGUUUUAAAUUCCAUCCUCAAAACAACAGUCAGUGACUUUUUUCAAAUCCAAUGCAUUUUCCACAUACAGUGCCUUCAGAAAGUAUUUACACCCCAGAGUUUUUACACAUUUUGUUGUGUUAAAGCCUGCAUUUAAAAGUUACACUCAGAUUUUUUUUUUGCCACUGGCCUGCACACAAUACCCCAUAAUGUCAAAGUGGAAUUAAUAAUUUUACUAAAUAAUUAAAAAUGAAAAGCUGAAAUGUGUUGCGUCAGUAAGUAUUCAGCUCCUUUGUUAUGGCAAGCCUAAAUUGGUUCAGAAGUAAAAAUAUCCUUAACAAGACUCAUAAUAAGUUGCAUGGACUAACUGUUGGCAAUAACAGAGUUUACCAUGAUUUUUGAAUGACUACCUCAUCUUUAUACCCCAUACAGUUAUUUGUAAGAUCCCUCAGCCGGGCAGGGAAUUUCAAAUACACAGAUUCAACCACAAAGGCCAGGGAAGUUUUCCAAUGCCUCACAAAAAAAGGCCACCAAUACCUCUCACAAAUACAAGUGAGCCAAGAGAGAUUGACAUGCAUAUUAUUAAUGUUAGCUCUCUGUGCACAUCCAAGGGCCAGCUGUGCUGCCCUGUUCUGAGCGAAUUGCAAUUUUACUCAGUCCCUUUUUGUGGCACUUAACCACACGACUGGGCAGUAGUCCAUGUGCGACAUAACAAGGCCCUGUAGGACAUGCCUUAUUGAUAGUGCUGUUAAGAAGGUAGAGCAGUGCUUUAUUAUGGACAGACUUCUCCCCAUUUUAGCUACUGUUGUAUCAAUAUGUUUUGACUAUGACAGUGUACAAUCCAGGGUUUCUCCAAGCAGUUUAGUCACCUCAACUUGCUCAAUUUCCACAUUAUUUAUUACAAUAUUUAAUUUAGGGUUUAGUGAAUGAUUUGUCCCAAAUACAAUGCUUUUCGUUUUAGAAAUAUUUAGGACUAACUUAUUCCUUGCCACCCACACUGAAACUAACUGCAGCUCUUUGUUAAGGGUUGCAGACAUUUCAGUCACUGUAGUAGCUAACGUGUAAUAGGGUUGAGUCAUCUGCAUACAUAGACACACUGGCUUUACUCAAAGUCAGUGCCAUGUCGUUAGUAAAGAUUGAAAAAAGGUAGGGGCCUACAUAGCUAACGAGGGGAAUUCCUGAUUCUACCUGGAUUAUGUUGGAGAGGCUUCCAUUAAAGAACACCGUUUGUGUUCUGUUAGACAGGUAACUCUUUAUCCACAAUAUAGCAGGGGGUGUAAAGCCAAAACACAUAAAUUUUUCCAGUAGCGGACUAUGAUUGGUUAUGUCAAAAGUCGCACUGAAGUCUAACAAAAACACAAUUUUUUCCAAAAGUUUAGUAAGGGUUGGUAACAGGCUGAUUGGUCCGUUUUUUGAGCCAGUAAAGGGGGCUUUACUAUUCUUCUGUGGCGGAAUUACUUUUGCUUCCCUCCAGGCCUGGGAGCACACACUUUCUAGUAGGUUUAAAUUGAAAAUAUGGCAAACAGGAGUGGCAAUAUCAUCUGCUAUUAUCCUCAGUAAUUUUCCAUCCAAGUUGUCAGACUCAGGUGGCUUGUCAUUGUUGAUAGACAACAAUACUUUUUUCACCUCUUUCACACUCACUUUACAGAAUUCAAAAUUACAAUACUUGUCUUUCAUAAUUUGGUCAGAUAUUUUUGGGAUUUAACUAGGCAAGUCAGUUAAGAACAAAUGGUUAUUUACAAUGACGGCCUACCCCAAUAUAUACAUGGAUGUGGAGUGUCAGCGUUUGUUGCUGGGAUGUCAUGCCUAAAUAAUCUUGCCAAUUAAAAAAAUCAUUAUAGUUGGCAAUAUCAGUUGGUUUUGUGAUGAAUUUGAUUCAAUAAAUGAUUGAGCUGA